AUUGCUAGAAUUCAUUUCCCAAAAACUUCCAAAAGGAAAAAGAAGAAACUCAUAUCCUAAGGAAACUACGUGGAAAGAGGGUCUCCAUCGUUCUUGGCGGGAUAAUUUUGGCAUAAAUUGAACAAUCCUGAUUCCUAUAGGCCCCUUCCUUAGCCCACACUUUUGUUAACUCUCCCUCUGCCCCCUCUCUGACCUCUGUGCCCCAUUUAUAGAGAGAGAAAGCUUGAGUGGGUGGGCGAUACUUUUAGAGAUGGCAGGAGUAGUACUGGUGAAGUUGUUUGUGGCUACGGUGGUUAUCUCGGUGGGCAUCGGUGGGAAAUGGGUCGGCGCCCAAGUGCACCAUGUGGUCGGAGGAGAUCGUGGGUGGGACGUUUCUUCCGAUCUCGGGACUUGGUCCUCCGGCAGAAUCUUCGCGGUCGGAGACAAAAUCUGGUUCACCUACUCGGCAGCCCAGGAUAAAGUUGUGGAGGUUAAGAGCAAGGAGGAAUACGAGGCGUGCGAUGUGAGCAAUCCGAUCAAGAUGUACACCGACGGCCUAGACAGCCUAACCCUCGAUGAGGAAGGGAUCCGCUACUUCGCUAGCUGGAAGCCCGAGAGUUGCAAGAACGGAUUGAAGCUACACGUGGAGGUACAAUCCCGUCAAGCGAAACAUUUAAGCCAUACAGAUGUUACAUCAGAGGUCAUGGCAGAUGGGCCGACAACCAUGGCAGAUGGGCCGACAUCUGCCUCGGCCCAACUCUAUGGGCUUUCUCAUGCAUUGUUUGGUGGGCUCUUGGUUUGCUAUUUGAGUCUCUAGGAGGUCUCUUGUACUGCCCUUUGCUUUACUUAUUAUGCUAUGUAAGCAGGCUGGAGAAUACUUGUUGGGUGAUGGUAUGUUUGUUUUGGGGGUUAAAACUGACAUUAUGAUUUGGUAACUUUUAUUACUGAGAAUCUAGGGUUGAUGCUUUUGGGUGCAUAUAGUAUGCAACCUAAAUUGAUAGUAUUUUGUAUUGACAUUGUGAACUUAUGCACUAAUGUUAUUUAUGAGAUUUCGUAUUGACGUUA